AUGGGAAACGCUGCCUUGCCAAGUUCCAGCUUGCGCACUCGUUUCCCGACCGGACGCUUGUCGACGACGUCCUUGCAGGGCGGUCUCACUCCUUCACAUGCAACUCCCGUAUCGGAUAUACAACGUGAUUCUGUGACGUCUACAUCCUCAAGUUCAUCGGCUCGCAGGUCUUCUUACGACCCAAAUGAACCAGGUGUCUUGGAAAAGAUCCAUACAGGCCAAGGGAAAAGCAAACGAAAGCCCAUAUCUGUGCAACAGUGGGGCAUGAUGAACACCUUCAAAAUACGACCAGCAGAUCCUAGCCAGUCUGUCCCAAUCCCCCCCAGUAUUCCGCCUAAUCAACGACGCUCGUCCGCAACCUCUGACUAUCUUAUGGAAGAAGACUCGAACAUAAGCAUUUCCACCGAAAAAGGAAACCCUGGUAUUACUCCUGUAACUCCCACACCAACCAAGACCCCAUCCCUGGUUACUCCACAAACAAAUAUAGGGUCGAUUUCACCAUUGAGCAAUUCAUCCGUCACCAAGCCGACUCGGAAGCGUAUUAG